GGAGAAAUUAUGGUUGACAUUUGCUGGGCACACAGAUUGUGCUCUGUACUUUGUGUUGGUUUUAGCAUUUAAUUUUCACUGUGACCUAAGACGAUGAGGUGGUCAGUGAUGAGGAGAUUGGGGCCUGAGGAGAUGGGGUGACCCGUCCAAGAUUACGUGGCCAGGGAGUGUAACGUCAGAUGAGAGCCAGGAUUUAAGAGCCUUGUGGCCCUAACCCAGCCUCCACUGGUCUGUAACACACAACAGGAUCGCUGUGCAGGUGUGAGGGAAGGAAGAUCAUUUCUGAGCAGCUGUGGGCACCUUCCUCAGGAAGCUCUUCAGAGGGAGAGGACAGGAGAGAGAGGCCAGCAGCAUCCCUCCGCCUGGCAUAGUCUGUUCAUUGCCAGCGUCUUUGUCAGUCUGCUCAGCCUGAUAUCAGACACAUCAAGUCUCCUGGUCCUCCCCGUCAGCACCAGAUUAGUUUCCUUGGUUUCCUUUGGGCACUUUAAAUGUUCGCUGAAAAGGUUCAAGUAUAAGAAAACAGAGAGAGAAGGCAUUCAGCUAAAAAAAGACAACAUUUCACCAAGGCCAUCAUGCUCCUGCCUCUGCUCCUUUCUCCCAGAACAAAAAGCUAUUCUGAACCUUGUUCUGGGGUGCCUGCUCUCCUCCUGUCUCCUCCAAGCAAGGUGUCAGACCCCCCACCCUGCCUGUGAGAAGUACAGCCUCUACCACAUACGGUCAUAUCAGCCAUCCCCCAUGACCCUGUACCUGACCCCACUCUCAUCUCCAGAAUGCCAUCUUCAGGCAUUGAAGCUUGACUGAUAAUGGCUCAGCCCAGGCCUGAAGAAAGAGUUCUUGCCCUCUGAUUAACAGCCUCAUUUACCGGCUUCAGACAAUGUUUGGCCUCUCCCAUCCUCAGUUUACGCAAUUGCCAAGUAGGGGUAAUCACCAUUUCCCUCUGGGUUGCUGGGGACCAGCUUAGAGAAGGGCCUUGCGCUGCAGCUAGCGAGGAGGAUGGUGAGUGCUAGAGCAUCCCUCCUUCUAGAUCAUGAGGUUGGGGAGCAGAGCAGGUGGGGUCCAGUCAAGGCCAGAGACUGUCUGAGUUCAGCGCAGAGUCUUGACUUCACUGAUGAGAUGAGCCAGUUCAAAGCAAAGUUGGAUCUUAUUUUUAAAAGUGAUGUUGAGCAUGGAGUUAGUAGAAAGAGAUACUAUGGGAAAGGAGAAGGAACUCCCAACCAUGGAUACUCAAGGUCUCACUGAAAUGUCUCAGCGGAAACCACAUUCUCAAUUUUGAUGGCUCUAGGGUCUCAAAAAGUCGCUAAGAAAUUUUUUUCGUUUCUUUUCCUUCUUUUUAAAUAAGUAGAAUUGCAGGGUAGUUCUAGGGUUGCCUUGGAUGGGAAACUGGGAAACAACCUCGUAGGAUAAAGGCAUGGGUCACAGGGUUGACAAGGGCAUAAGACAUUCCUUUGACUGCAAAUGGCAUUUCUUGUGAGACCCUUAACAAAUUGUAGCUUUGCAGUAAGGAAAAGAGAAAGGCCUUGUCUGCGUAGACCUCAAGCGUGACUCAUCGCUAUUUUGACUUCUUAUUUGAAAACAUCUUGAUAUCAGAAAAAAUCCUGUCUGUAUGUUGGCAACCCUCACAGUCAGUGUUCAGUGUGCCGGAACUGUUGGCUCUCGGGGGAAGUGGGGGUCAGGGAGGGUCAAAGCUUCAAGCAGAUUCCAGAAUGAAGUGUUCCUUUUGCUCAGUGCCACCCAGUGGCUUAAGUCCAGGAGACCUUGCAGAAGUGUGGCUUGGUACAGCAUUCUGGUAACUCAGCCAUUCCCCUUGGGAAGGCAGUGCUGAGUGUACUCAUAGCAGGGGUCUGAGAGGCUCAGCAUCGAGGAAGGCCACUGGGGCCUCUCCAAUGGCUACAGCAGGGAGAAUUGCAGCUGGGCGGGAAUGGAGAGCUUGUUGUUCACACCAUUCGUCUUGGCUCCUUGUCUUUAAAAAAAAAAAGUUAAAAGUAGCUUAAUGUGGAGCACCCCUGUAAUCCUAGCACUUGGGAGGUAGAGACAAAAGAAGAUGGGUGUCCAAGACCAGCCUGGGCUACAUGAGACCUUGACUUUCAGCCCUGGGGGUAGAAGCUGAGAGGGUGGGUCCCAUUGACCCAAGGUGUGGCCCACUCUAACAGUAGCACUAACGCAAACAGUUGCUUAUCUGAAUCCUGAACUUUGAGCACUUUUUCCCCAGAGAAGACACAAGGGGCCUAGUGCUGUUGCAAGCCUUAGGCUUCACACCGUGUGCACACUUCCAUCUCCCUUGGGGGGCCUUUGUUCUUGCUUUCCCUCAACCUGAAAUCCCUCGCUCCAGGCUUUCUCUCAACUGUUGGGUCUCAUCCUCUCAGCUCAGAUGACCCUGACCAGCUCGACCCAAUUGUUCUUCCUGCCCGGUUUCUUUGUGGUGCACAUCACUAGUGUGUCUGGCAGGAGCCCUGGAAUCAGAAGACUUGUCAAUUCUGCUCAUCCCUGACUCCCUAUACCAAGGACAGAGCCGGAACACAGCAAGUGUGCCUGAGUGGGUGUGUGCCGGAAACCCAAGGUCCCACAUUGGUCUGGAGCAGUCCAUCCAGAUGAACUUGAGGUCAGACCUGGCUCAGGCCCAACAGCACACAAUCCAGAACCAGACGACCACCAUGCUGGCACUGGGCGCCAACCUCAUGAACCAGACCAUGGCUCAGACCCACAAGCUGACUGCUGUGGAGGCACAGGUCCUAAACCACACAUCUCGCGUGAAGACCCAAAUGCUGGAGAGCUCACUGUCCACCAACAAGCUGGAGAGGCAGAUGCUGAUGCAGAGCCGCGAGCUGCAGCGGCUGCAGGGCCGCAACAGGGCCCUGGAGACCAGGCUGCAGGCAUUGGAGGCACAGCAUCAGGCCCAGCUUAACAGCCUCCAAGACAAGAGGGAACAACUGCAAAGCCUCCUGGGCCAUCAGACUGGGGCCCUGGCUAACCUGAAGCACAGUCUGCGAGCCCUCAGCAGCAAUUCCAGCUCCCUGCAGCAGCAGCAGCAGCAGCUGAUGGAGCUGGUACAGCGCCUGGUGCGGAUUGUAGCCCAGGACCAGCACCCAGUUUCCUUAAAGACGCCUAAGCCGCUGUUCCGGGAUUGUGCAGAGAUCAAGCGCUCUGGAGCCAACACCAGUGGUGUCUAUACCAUCCAUGGGGCCAACAUGACAAAGCCUCUCAAGGUGUUCUGUGACAUGGAGACUGAUGGAGGUGGCUGGACCCUCAUCCAGCGCAGGGAGGAUGGAAGCUUGAAUUUCCAGAGGACUUGGGAGGAAUACAAAGAGGGUUUUGGUAAUGUGGCUAGAGAACACUGGCUGGGCAAUGAGGCUGUGCACAGCCUCACCAGCAGAACGGCCUACUUGCUACGUGUGGAGCUGCAUGACUGGGAAGGCCACCAGACCUCCAUCCAGUAUGAGAACUUCCAGCUGGGCAGCGAGAGGCAGCGGUACAGCCUCUCUGUGAAUGACAGCAGCAUCUCAGCAAGGCUCAAGAACAGCCUGGCUCCUCAGGGCACCAAGUUCAGUACCAAAGACAUGGACAAUGAUAACUGCAUGUGCAAAUGUGCUCAGAUGCUGUCUGGAGGGUGGUGGUUUGACGCCUGUGGCCUCUCCAACCUCAACGGCAUCUACUAUCCGGUUCAUCAACACUUGCAUAAGAUCAAUGGCAUCCGCUGGCACUACUUCCGAGGCCCCAGCUACUCACUGCAUGGCACACGCAUGAUGCUGCGGCCAAUGGGUGCCUGACACACAGCCCUACAGAGACUGAUGCUCAAGGAGGAUUCUCAACCCAGAUGGCUCUGUGCAAGCUGGAUCCUGCCCAGAAGUCAGUGCCCAGGGCUCAUCUUGACAUUCCGGGACACCAGAACCAGCUUAUCUUGCACCUGAAUUAUGAGAGUCACUUGCCUCCCUGUGCCCCUCUAGUGUGAAAUGCUGGGUGCUUGAGGCACCUGCCUCUGUGGGACCCAUGCUCCUGCUGCAUGCAGGGGCUCCCUGUCACGGUCUGAGGCAGACUGAACUUGACACCUCAGAGGGAGGGGUUGCAGCAGGCGGGGAAAAUCUUGCAGACUGGGGUGCCCUCCUCCAGGAGCGUCUGAGAGACGAUCCUAUCCCCCUUUUAUAAUUUCAAGUUUCUCUAGCCUUGAGUUGUCUGAAGACUUCCUUCCAAGGCUGGUGAACACUGUUCCCACUUCCAGCCCCCCAGGGCUAGCCAUUAUUUCCCAGGGCUCUGUGGCUCCUGGGCUUCAAUGACUGACAGUCAGACCUGGUCUCUCGGAGGCUUCUAGAAAUAGGAGAAGGGAUCCUUUCACUCCAGUGUGCCGUAGAGUGUGUUCCGUAGGUACUAAGGCUCCUCUCUAAGGUACUUUGGAUGAAGUAAGAGAGAAACAGCAGGUUAAAUAAAGAGAAUAGAGUUUCUUAACGGCA